AUGGAGUACACCUGCGUGGUUGCCGGCGAUCCCAUCGUUGGGGUGGACGCCUUGAUGUAUCUGCUAGUCGAUACCCCACUUCCCCAGGAGCUACGCGCGCAGCAGCAGCAGCAGUCAACGCCCUCGUCGUUGUCAUCGGCUGCGGCAGAAAAAGUGCUUAUUCCGCUGCGACGGACAUUAGACCUGCCACAUCCCUCACUACCCGAGUUAAAAAUCCGUGUUGUGUUGCAGGCCGCGCGUGCACCGUCCGAUAUGGCGGUAGAAGAAACAGCGACUGUGGUGCUGCUCGUAUUCUUCAUGGCCUUUACGGAUUCGCUGCAGCGCAUGCAGAUGGAGUGGACUCCACCGCUGCAGGGCCUAAGCCGCCCGCCGAUCGUGAUUCUUGUGGGGAUGACGCACGCUCACAAUAAGGCGGCUCCCACAACCAUUCAACCAGGCGAGGUUGCACAUGUCGCCAAGGAGGUGCAUGCAAAGGCGUAUUUUGAGGUGGACGAAACUGACAAUAACACUAUUCGCGGUACCGCCCAGAUUACAGAACUUAGGCACGCGAUUGCUCGUGCCUGCACCGGUGAAUUUAAUGAAAUGGAAACUGUGACAGAAGCGACUAUUUAUGAGCAACAACAGUGCGCCGUGCUGACGUCCUCUUUGCAGUCUUUUUCUCCGCGUCUCUCUAGCCCUGACUCGGCCAGUCAAUGGACUGCAAAUGGUUGGAGCAGCGGCCUGGCGCGUGCGGCUCCCUGCCCCGUCUGGGGGUUUAGACGAAAUCCACGCACCAACCGUCUCUUUUACGUUAACCGUGUCAUCAAGAAGUCGCAGUACAAACGUCCGCCAGACUACGACGGUGAAGAGCCGGAGUUAACACUGCAGGAGCGUGUGGAGGCGGAACGGGAGCGGCAGGAGCAGCUGCAGCUGGAGAACGCUCUGCGGCGAGAGCACGAUGAACUAGGGAACUUCAACGUCGCGAUGGAGGAACAUCAUCAGCGCGUGCGGGUGCUGCAGUCCGGUGCCCGGCAGCUGCAGCUUGCGGUAGAGCGACUUCGAAUGCAGGCGGCAUCCUUGGCGUGUAGGCGCGAGAGCAAUAGAGUGAGCCGUGAGCACAUGGCAACGUUGCGCGAGGUGUCGGUGAAGGAGCGGGAUUUCCUGCAGGACUCCCUCCAAUUCCACGCGACGCAGCAAAAGGAGAGGGGAGCGGUGCAGCAGGCCCUGAAGGAGAUGGAGGCGGAGGCGAAUGAAGAGGGAUGUGUGAACCGUGAAGAGAGCGAGAGGGAAAAAGAAGUGGCAGCGCAGUGUUCAGCCACGGCGCCGUCACGGCGAGGCAGCAUCCUGGGGAAAAUACACGUGGUGCAAGCCGCGACGCAGCAAACCAUGGACAGUACGCGUGUAACCGUGGCGGCGUUGCGUGCGUUGCUUGAAAAGAGCGCCAAGCACCGUGAACGCAAAGCAAUUCUUCACGCGGAGCUCUCCUCCACGCUUAAGCGCACGGAGUCGCUUGUGCAACGCACGGCCGUCAUCGAUGCGGAGGAGCAGCGCGUUGGCGCCACGCUGGUAACCGAACGUGAUUUCAUGCAGACUGAAACAAAGGCACUCCAGCUACUCGUGGACGCGCGUGAAGUGCAGUUGCAACGAGGGCGAAAUCGUCUUCUUUCCCCAGAGGUUGAAGGUUUCCAGGUGAUGUUGCUGACGGAUGAGGUCCACCAGCUGGAGGAACAAAUAGCGGCGACCAAAAAAGUUUUAAGGCGUCUACAAAAGGCAACUCCAAUGGGAGUUGCCCACGAACUUGCGCUGUUGCACCGCAGACGCAAUACACAGGCUUGUGCUACCGCCCUUGCCACAUGGGCCAAUCACGUUCGCUGCAUCGCACGUCUACAGAAAAAGCUCAGUCUACGUGUGGAACGUCUUUCCGAUUUAAUGCAGCGUCGUUAUGGGCUGAUUUGCAGCACACGUGAGCGGUACGUUGAGGAACGUCUUUCCCUUUUGCAUGAUUGGUACAGGCUAGAUGCCGAAGUAGGGAAUUCCGGUGGCUUCGGUGACGUCGCGGCACGCAUGCACCUCGUUGAGGAACGCAUGGAUCAGCUGGACACAUCUCUUGAACGAUUGCAGACGUACAUGGCAACCAUCGAACACCACUCAAGCAGUCAUCAGCUGUACUUGCAACGCUGCAGAGGCAUUUUGGAGAAGUUGUCUCUGUGCAAUACGGAUGUUUUUUCCUUGAAGUCAGACGAUGAAGUGGAGUCGUGCGGGAUGUUGCUCGUGGGGCGACUACGAGAGGUGACGGCACGCCUCCAUUCCGUUGCUAUUUCAAUGGGCACACUUAAUACUUCGGACGGCGAUGACGGCGACGCUUUUGGGGAGAUGGGCGUAGGAGCGAGCGCCGUAUACGCAGGACACAUUAAGUUGCUUCAGCGGGAGUUAUGGCGCUCUGCUGUGCGAAGUCUGCUGUGUCACUUUCGCCCGGAGGAACUGCAGGAAACCGCAAGGAGACUUUCCCGUCGGCAUGCAUUGCGUGCAAAUGACAACAGUGACAAGUGCAGAGGCGCCACUAACAGCACAUCGCCGAAACGAGUAAUGACCAACACGACGUCAGCAGAUUCUUCGCCCGUUUUUCACUGCAACGUUGAUGGGCGUGCCGCUGCAGGUCACAGUGGUGUAUCAUUGCAGCAACCAGACAGCGAUUCCGCAUCCGCAUCCACGUCUAGAAUGUGGAUGGAGCAGCAGCUGCUCUCUGUUCUUGCAUCGGUGACGGGCGGUUGUGGCCUCGACACGGACGAGGCGACGGUGACGGUUGAGGGGGGCGUGUUGACCGAGUGCCCCGUGUCGUACGACGCGCUUCGAGAGCGGCUGCGGCGGGUGUACGCCUAA